UAAUCGUGAGAAUGUGUGAUACAGAGGGUAGCACAGGCUCCGAUAUUAGUUGCUUCAACAUCCAAGUUCUCAGCUACCAAACAUGUCUCGAAUAUGCAUAAUACACUGGAGUCUUAACUACAAUGUCCUUCCACAUUAAUGACUCAACUACAUCAUCAGACAGUACUGCUUAGCAUCUUCCAGAAGUUCCUACAAAUGAAUGAUAUAUGUACAAAUAGACCAUACUAUUUUCAUACAUUACUAUCAUAUCAUAAUUAAUCACCGCUUCACAUUUCUUUCUAUAGCAAUCUUUCUAGUGACAACGAACAAUUCAAAGCAUCAAGAGUAAAUGGGUGGUGAGGUUGAGAUUAUAAAGCAAAGAAAACCAAGAUUCUUGUGCCUUCAUGGCUUCAGAACCAGUGGUCAUAUACUCAAAACUCAGCUCCAUAAAUGGCCUGCAUCUGUUCUUGAUAAACUUGAGUUAGUAUUCCCAGACGCGCCUUUUCCUUGUACAGGAAAAUCUGGCGUUAAAGGAAUCUUUGAUCCUCCUUAUUAUGAGUGGUACCAACCUGACAAGGAAUUUACUAAUUUUGAUGAGUGUCUUGAGUAUAUACAAGAAUGCAUGAUUAAGCAUGGACCUAUCGACGGUCUGCUAGGUUUUUCACAGGGAUCCUUUUUAUCAGCUGCACUGCCUGGGUUACAACCUAAGGGUUUGGCUCUCAAGAAAGUACCAAAAAUCAAAUUUCUGAUAAUAAUUAGUGGCGGCAAGUUAGAGAAUAAAGCUUUGUCUGUGAAGGCAUUCUCAGAUGCAAUUAGUUGCCCUUCUCUGCACUUUUUAGGCGAGAUGGACGUCGUGAAACCACAGGGUAAAGUGCUCCUAGAAUCAUUUGUAGAUCCUGUAGUGAUCCGUCAUCCCCAGGGGCAUACAAUACCAAGACUUGAUGGAAAGGGUCUGGAGUUGAUGCUGGGCUUCCUUAAAAAAAUACAAAAGGAACUUUCCAACCAAGAAGAUCAAGGAAAGUAUUUACGUAGUGCACUUUAGGAAACUGUAGUUUUCUUGGGAGUCAGAGAGAUCAAGAGUUCAAGUUUCAGUCAGAUAAAACACGAUUCGGAAUAGAGGCAAACGUAAUCGUAGGAGCUCCAAAAAGUCCUUUACCCCGUUAAAAGAAAACAAUGUCCCUAGAGAUGCAUAGAACACUUGUACUACUGAAGGAGGAAAGGAUCACCGUCGUAAAAGCUUGUGGGAGAUAAGGUUCCGUUCAUUUGUAACCCACAUAUAUACCAGGAUUAUUUCCCAGUAUCAUGACUUGAAAUUUGAUUAAUUUUAUAAUAUUAUCGUUUAGCGACUAG